AAACUUGAAAAAAGGCAAGAGCCUAUACAAGCAAAUGAAAGUAGUUCUGAAGACAAAAUAGAACUAAAAGCUGUAGCAGAAGUAUACAAUAACUUUAUGAAUGCACUUGAGGCAAUGUUUAUUA